CGUCUCCAACGCUUCAAUCAUUAUUGGUGCGCCAGCUAUGAAGAUGGUUGUCCCAAGGAAGAAAAUUCGUUUAUAUCUUCUGCAAUUGAUGCAGUCGAAGGCAACGGAACAUCUGCCACUAAAGAAGGUUGGGUGUGGUCCUCAAUCACAUUGACACCUUGGGUGAUCCUCCAGAUGCUUGUCGCCAUCUUUGGCAUCAUCGGUAAUGCCCUCGUCAUCGUUGUUCUGUAUCAGCACCGUGCUGCCAACCGAGUCACUGAUACCCUGAUCGCAAACCCAGCCGCAGCUGAUCUCUUGACGUCUCUGUUCGUAAUACCCCUUCCCAUGGCCCGACAGGUCCCAAACACGUGGGAGGGUCAGAUCUACUGUAAGGUAGACCUAUCUUCUGUUCUAAUGUGGGCCAACAUGAGCGUCUCAACUUAGUACCUCC